ACCUCCAAAGGAGACUAAGAAGAUGAAUUUCGAUAUUGAAGAUUUGGAUGGUAAGGUUUUGCGGUGUACUGUGUGGAAUGAUUAUGCUCUGCAGAUUAAGGACUUCAUUUCUAAAGUCCCACCUCAUGAGCAUGUGAUGGCUGUUAUACAACAUGGAAAGUGUAAGGAAUGGAAAGGUGAAUAUACUGUUCAAAGUGACAAGUUUGCAACACGAAUUUUUCUGAAUCAAGAAAUUGAUGAAGUUGAUGAGCUAAGGAGGAGGAAAUGUCUUGUGUUGUGGUUGCGACAAUUAAGAUUGUGCAAGAAGAGUAUGGUUGGUUUUAUGCUGCCUGUCGUAAGUGUUUCAAGAAGGUGAUGGGUGAAAGUGAAUACUUGCAGAAUGUUGAGAAUGUUUCAGAUGAUAUUCUUCGAUUGCCUGCGACUUCUUUGGUUUGUAUCAGAUGUCAUACUGAAUGUACAUCGAUCACCACAAAGUUCAAGGUGCAAGUGCGGGUGCAGGAUGAGAGUGGUAGUGUUUCUUUUGUUAUGUUUGAUAGAGAUGUUCAGAAGCUUCUUGGAUUAGCGGCGAGUGACAUAAGAGAGAGGCAGGUUAAGGCCAAUGAUACUGGAUUCCCUCAUGAGAUAUUUCGAUUGGUUGAUAAGAAGGCUGCUUUUAAGAUUGAUGUUUC